UCCUCCCGCACCGCCCGGUACCGACAGCGGCUGCGCCUGCGCGGCCGUUCCGCGCCUGGCGCUGGAGCAGGUGGCGGCGGAGGCCCCGCCCCUCAUGGCGCCGUUCCCCUGACGGGUUUCCCCGGUAACUGACAACAGCCGCCGGCCCCGCCCCGAGCCCCUCGGCGAGGUGGCGCUUCCGCUGUCCAAGCCCCCCAGCCGGGAGAAUACCCCGCGUCCAGAGCUCCACAAGCAGGCGGGCGCUUGCCCGUGCCCCGAGCAUGGCCACGCAGAGUGCUCAGGGGGGCGCCUGUGACCCCCCGCCCCGGCCGGAGCAGCCCGGCAAACCUGGCGGGUAUAUUGCCAAACUUAGAGAAUUGGUGAAACAUGAAGCAGAGAAAAAUAAAUCUCAGUGGAAAACUAUGGGGCCAGCAAAAGUUGCAGUGCCGUCUCCAAAUGAUUUUCUGCAGAAACGUUCUAAGGAACCCAAAAUAGCACCAAAAAAAAAAGAACGGGAUUGUAAAAAAUUGCUUCCACCAGUGCCACCCAGGACAUACCACCCAGUUAUUCGCAUUAAAAAGAAUUUUAUAAAUAAAAAUGCAGUUGCUGUUAUCAAGGGGGAGCCUAAAAAGCCUCGACAUUUUUGUGUUGAUACAAGACAGGGAGAUAAAUAUCUCCUUGAACCUUCAGGACUUUUUCCAAAAUACAUUAAAAAAAAGAAUUAUGGUGUUAUACCAAAAUAUGUGACACGGAGAAAUGAAGAAAUGAAGAGAGAGGAGGAAGAAUACCAGGCCAGUGUUUUGGAGCAACUCAAGACGAAAGCCAUGAAAAUUCUAUCUGAGGAAGAAAGGACAAAUAUUUUAAAGGCACUGAAAAAGAACUGGGAGGAAAUAAAUAAUGCAUAUCAAGGUCUUCCAAUACUAGCAGACACCAUGUACAAGAGGAUGCAUAAAGAAGAGCUGGAAUUAAAGCUGAAACAACUGGAGCAUGACAUAGCAGCAAUCGAGAAGCACAAAAGAGUCUACAUUGCAAAUGUUUAAGGAUUGUUGUUCAGAUACUGCCUCUUUUCUCCUUUUUCUCUAUCCCUGCAUCUCCAAGAAGUGCCUCUCUAAAUUCUUAGAAGAUGCUACUGUCAACUGUUUAGAAGGAAAUGCUCAACUAAGUAUGUAUCUUCUUAGAAAAGUUGUUACAUAUGACUCAUCUGUACAGUCCCCAAAACAGUUAGAAAUAAAAUGCUUAACUAAACUUUGAGUAUGAAUAAUGAAUUAAUUUUAUUAUUCUUUGUAAAUUUUAUUAACUACUAAGAUUUCUAUAAACAUCAUACAGAAAGCAUAUAAAACACUGUUUCAUAUGUUUGGAGUACAUCUUUCCUUGCCUUACCAAAACAAAGGAAAAUAACUGGCUGCUGAAGACAGCUUGGUAAAUAUAACUUCAGGAUAGAAUGGCUUCUGGACUAUAUAUUAAAGAGAUGUUAUGCUUUACUUAAAAGCUUGAGUGAGCGUAUUUGUAAAUAGCUUGGCUUCUGCAUAACAUUUUGUGUACUCAUUUUUUGUUACCAAAACCAAUUUUUAAUGUGGAAACCUGUAAUAACACAGACUUCACACAAUACAGAUACCACAUGUGUGUUUUUACAAGUGCAUAAUUCUGUAAUACUACAGUAAAUCUACAAUUAAAUUAGAAAAAUGUGUUUUGACUGGAAUUAUGUGUGUACUGUUAGAAUGAAAGCAAUAUACAAGCAUCUGAGUCAAGACUUACACAAAAAUUAUAUCAGCACACUCUACUGCAAUUGUUUGCAUAGAAGGAAAAAUGUUUUUCUUUCCUACUGCUUCACCUUUUCUUUAUAGAAUUGUAGAUAUUGUUUAGAUUAGAAAAAAUCUUUUUCAGCCUUUCAGAACACAGCUUUUUCUGUAUGGUAUCAAUCACUACCACCAGCAGCUGAAUAUACCAUCAUCAUAUCUGACAUCAGCAAAGGAUAAAGUAAAAAAUAUAAAAUUAACUAUGAAAAGCCAAGUAUUCCCAUACAUAAAGUUCCUUUCCUAAAUUUCUCAAGGAAUGGCUUUGAAGGCUUCACAAUGAUUCUAGGUUUUAUUUCUUGUGUAUAUUAUACUUGUCUAUGACAUGCACUAGGAACAUGUGGGUGAGCAGGAAUGUGUAUUUUCUUAUUUGUAACUUAUUGUUAAGCAAUCAUGUUUAUUUUUGAAGGAUGUAAGCUGGAAGAAAGCUGCAGAUUUGAAAAAAGUGGAUUUAAUAUGCUUCUUACUCAAAAGAAUGACACACUGUGUAUUUUAACAAAACUACACUUAAUUCUCUGUGAAGUUUGACAGAAUAAAUUUGCAGAAUCCAA